AUGGAAAGAAAACAGCCAACAGAUGGAGGGAAUGGAAAUCACAGCAAAGCAUACUCAAUAUUUUUACAAGUAAAGGCACCGAUGGCGGGUGGAAUUUCUGGAUUUUUUACACGUGCUUUAACACAGCCACUCGAUUGCAUUAAAGUUCGUCAUCAAUUGCAAUUGGAACCUAUUAAAAAGAACAUUGGUGCCAAAUAUACAUCGACGCUUCAGACACUCGUCUUGAUGUUUCAAGAGGAAGGCAUUCGUGGCUUGUGGAAGGGUCAUGUACCGGGACAAAUUCUAAGCAUCACUUUUGGUUUUGGGCAGUUUGCUGCUUACGAUCAGUUCAAUCGACAGUCAAGAAAGAUUAAAUUUUUUAAUGAACAUUCAGACAUGAGACAUACAGUUGGUGGUGGCUUUGCUGGGGCAUUUGGGAUGACAAUUGCAACACCAUUCGAUGUCGUUCGUACACGAUUUAUCGCGCAAGAUCAUGGUCGUGGAUAUCAAUCAAUUUUCGAUGCAUUUGCAACAAUUUUAAAGAGUGAGGGUCCGAAAGGAUUUUUUCGUGGCUUAAUACCAAGCAUAACAGCCAUUGCACCAAAUGCAGCAAUUCAAUUUGGAACAUACAACUUUUUAUUAGAGCACUACAUGAAAUUAAAGAACGAGGACAAAGUUUCUCGACACGUUAUUUUAUUGGCUGGAACUUUUAGUGGAACCCUUGCCAAAACAUGCAUUUAUCCACUCGAUUUGACUAAGAAACGAUUACAGAUUCAAGAAUUUCAUGAUAAUCGUACAACAUUUGGUCAAAAUAUUAAAACAACAGGAAUGCUCGAUUGUCUACGUAAAACUUUCGCAAAAGAAGGCUUCACUGGACUUUACAAAGGACUUGCACCUGCAGUCAUCAAGUCUGGAAUGAUGUCUGGGUUUUACUUCUUCUUCUAUGAGGAAAUUAUUACUGCCAUUAACAAGCGGUUGUAA